UACCUACCAUUCCUUCGUCACCACACCAAUAUUCUUACAAAACAGUGAAACACAGACAUGAAAACCAAUCUCUUUGAGCACUAAAAAAACAAAUCCACCAAUUAGUUAAUUACCAUGGGAGAGGUUGAUCCAGCUUUCAUUCAAGAACCUGAACACAGGCCAAGAAUCUCCUACAUUGAAGGCAAAGGUGUCCCACUAAUCGAUCUUUCUCCAAUACUCUCCUCCAGCAAUGUUUCUGCCAUUGAAUUUGAAGGCCUUGUCAAAGAGGUUGGCGAUGCAUGCAAGGAGUGGGGGUUCUUUCAGGUGAUCAAUCAUGGGGUGCCUUUGGAGAAGCGAGAGAAGAUUGAUGGUGCCUCGAGGAAAUUCUUUGCUCAGAGUUUGGAGGAGAAGAGGAAGGUGAGGAGGAAUGAGAAGAAGGUGACUGGUUACUAUGACACAGAGCAUACCAAGAAUGUCAGGGACUGGAAGGAAGUGUUUGAUUUUACCAUAGAGGAACCCACUAUAGUCCCUGCCUCACAUGAGCCUGAUGACACUGAAGUCGCUGAAUGGAAUAAUCAGUGGCCUGAGUACCCGCCUGAUUUAAGGGAGAUAUGCCAAGAAUAUGGUCAAGAGAUGGUAAAACUAGCUUACAAGUUAAUGGAACUUAUUGCUCUGUCCCUGGGCUUGCCAGCAGAUAGGUUCCAUGGCUUCUUCAAAGAUCAGACCAGUUUCAUCCGACUAAAUCACUAUCCACCUUGCCCAACCCCUGAGUUAGCACUUGGUGUUGGUCGGCACAAGGAUGGUGGUGCCUUAACCAUCCUUGCUCAAGAUGAUGUUGGAGGAUUGGAAGUGAAGCGGAAAACAGAUGGAGAGUGGGUUCGGGUCAAACCCACCCCAGAUGCUUAUAUCAUCAAUGUUGGUGACAUUAUUCAGGUUUGGAGCAAUGACAGGUAUGAGAGUGUGGAGCACAGGGUGACGGUGAACUCAGAGAAGGACAGAUUCUCUCUUCCAUUUUUCUUCAACCCGGCUCACUACACCAUGGUAAAGCCUUUAGAGGAGCUGACAAAUGAGCAAAACCCUGCAAAAUAUAGGGCAUACAAUUGGGGCAAGUUUAUAACCACCAGAAAGCGCAGUAAUUUCCAAAAACUUAAUGUUGAAAAUCUCCAAAUUUAUCAUUUCAGGAUAUCAGAAUAAGCGUGUAAAACCUACUAUUAUCUGUAGGUAAGAAAUAAUAUUAAGCUUGUUGUAAGUACCGUGAUUUGUAUAGAGCCUAUGGAAGCAUAAUGUGUUUCAAUGUCUUGGAGACGAGCAAUCCUGUAAAUAACAAUAAUGGAGUAUGCUUCGAUGUAUUUGCCUCAUAUUGCAAAAACCAUUGGACGUGAUAAUAUUUAAGUAUAAUGGGAGGAAACUGAAGUCAUUGCUU